AGGAGGGCGGAGGCGGAGGGGAGGGCAGAGGGUUGGUGGAGCAGGAGGAAGCUCCGGACGACGACUAGAAGAAGGAGGCGGGCGGCCCGGGCCUCAGGCCCCUCCCAGGCUCUGAGUCUCCCGGCUGCAGGCGGAUGGAUGGGGCUUCUUCAGGCGGUGGCGGCAGCAGCGAAGGUGGCGGCGGCAGCAGCGGCAGCGGCUAUGGUGUGGUCGCUCGAUUCUCCCAGUGCCUGGCUGAGUUUCGGACGUGGUUAAGAACCAACUGGUUGAGGUUCAAUGCAGACAAGACGGAUGUGAUGCUGAAAAUGUGCAUCAGAUGUUUAUGUUUAAUUGGUUUACAGACUGUCUGUGGACUCUUUUCCUGUCAAAUUACCAGCCAUCUGUUGAAUCUUCAAGUCCAGGAGGUUCAGCAACAUCAGAUGACCAUGAAUUUGAUCCAUCAGCUGACAUGCUGGUUCACGAUUUUGAUGAUGAACGAACAUUAGAAGAGGAAGAAAUGAUGGAAGGAGAAACAAACUUCAGUUCUGAAAUAGAAGAUCUUGCAAGGGAAGGUGACAUGCCAAUUCAUGAACUUCUCAGCCUUUAUGGUUAUGGUAGUACUGUUCGACUACCUGAAGAAGAUGAGGAAGAGGAGGAAGAGGAAGAAGAAGGUGAAGAUGAUGAAGAUGCUGAUAAUGAUGACAACAGUGGCUGUAGUGGGGAAAAUAAAGAGGAGAAUAUAAAGGAUUCAUCAGGUCAGGAGGAUGAAACUCAGUCUUCCAAUGAUGAUCCAUCACAAUCUGUUGCUUCUCAAGAUGCCCAGGAAAUUAUCCGCCCACGUCGAUGUAAAUAUUUUGAUACAAACAGUGAAGUAGAAGAAGAAUCUGAAGAAGAUGAAGAUUACAUUCCAUCAGAAGACUGGAAAAAGGAGAUUAUGGUGGGCUCCAUGUUUCAAGCAGAAAUUCCAGUUGGCAUUUGUAGAUACAAAGAAAAUGAAAAAGUAUAUGAAAAUGAUGAUCAGCUCCUUUGGGACCCUGAGUACUUACCAGAAGAUAAAGUGAUUAUAUUUCUUAAAGAUGCGUCUAGAAGAACAGGUGAUGAGAAGGGUGUAGAAGCAAUUCCUGAAGGAUCUCACAUAAAAGACAACGAACAGGCUUUAUAUGAAUUGGUUAAAUGCAAUUUUGAUACAGAAGAAGCAUUGAGAAGAUUAAGAUUUAAUGUAAAAGCAGCUAGAGAGGAAUUAUCUGUUUGGACAGAGGAAGAGUGUAGAAAUUUUGAACAAGGUCUGAAGGCCUAUGGAAAGGAUUUUCAUUUGAUUCAGGCUAAUAAAGUCCGAACAAGGUCAGUUGGUGAAUGUGUAGCAUUCUAUUACAUGUGGAAAAAAUCUGAACGUUAUGAUUUCUUUGCUCAGCAAACACGAUUUGGAAAAAAGAAAUAUAAUCUUCAUCCUGGUGUAACGGAUUACAUGGAUCGUCUUCUAGAUGAAAGUGAAAGCGCUGCAUCUAGUCGAGCACCAUCCCCUCCCCCAACUGCAUCAAAUAGUAGUAACAGCCAGUCUGAGAAAGAAGAUGGCACUGUAAGCACUACUAAUCAAAAUGGAGUGUCAUCUAAUGGACCAGGUGAAAUAUUAAACAAAGAGGAAGUAAAAGUUGAAGGGUUACACAUUAAUGGACCAACAGGUGGAAAUAAGAAACCACUUCAUGCAGAUAUGGAUACUAAUGGUUAUGAAACAGAUAACCUUACCACUGACCCAAAACUUGCCCAUAUGACUGCAAGAAAUGAAAAUGAUUUUGAUGAAAAAAGUGAGAGACCUGCCAAAAGGCGAAGGGUAAACAGCAAUGGAAAAGAAAGUCCAGGUUCUUCUGAAUUUUUCCAAGAAGCAAUCUCACAUGGGAAAUUUGAAGAACUUGAAAACACAGAUGACUAAAUUUUAGACCUAUUUUACUUUCUUUGGAGUAAAUUCUGGUGUGACUAAAAUUUUCAGGGUUGAUGGGUUACCUUAAAAAGUUGAUUUCCUUGAAGCAAUUUGAAAAUUUGAAUUGAGUCUUAACUUUAGGAAAUGAAGUUUCAUAAUUCUGCCUUUUGCAGAUUUUUUUACUUUAAAGCUGUCAGACUCUUAUAAGGGUAUUUUAAAAAUUAGUAAAUUUGAAUGAACUAAAGAUAUCUACCUUCUCAUUUGAUGCUAAUCAUAAAAUUUCACUACAAGGUAAUUUUUGCUUAGUUUGAUGGAGGAAUGGGAAAAAACUCAAGUCCAAUUAAUACCAGUUUCUCUUGAGUUGUCUUUAAAACAGACAUUUUUUCUCACCAAACAAUUUGAAUAUCUUUAUUAAGGAAACCCUUAUGAAUCCUGAAAAUUAUGCUAGCAUGAUUUUUUUAUAUAUAGAAGUUUAAAAAUAAACCAGGUCAGGUUUGUAUAUGUAAAAUUGUUGACAUCAAUGAUGUCUUUCCAUAUUCUUAUCUGGGCUGAAGAAAUACAUUCUGUAUUUUUCCAGAUUCUUUGUAGCCUUUGAAAGAUUUUUACAGUACAUAUGUCUUGACUGAGCUGUCCUUUCUUAAUACAAAAGCUUGUAUAAUUUUCUUAACUUGUACAGUUGGUAAACUUUUAUGAGAGGAAUUGUUAUUCUGAGUCUGUCAGCUUUCAUUUUAUUUUGCUAAGGUUUUUCUAAUGAAUUUUUAAGUGUUUGUGUAGUAAUUAAGUCAUAUUUCUUAUCCAGGUGGUAAAAGCAUUCAUAAAGGAUUAUAAAAAUUUGUGUUUUUUUUUUCAGAUUUCUACUUAAGGGCAAGUAAUUUGAGAAUUCUGAAAUUAAGCAUGAUGCUUAGAUUGCAGUUUGUUUUGCAUUUGCUAUAAUUUUCAAAAUUAUUUUUGAAGCAAGACAAAAGUUUAAUGUCAGCUUAAGUGCUUAAAUAUAUCAUGCUGACCAGAAUCCUGUUAUUUUUAUAUGCAUCAUAAAAUUUCCCAUUUCUGCAUUAAAUAAACAGAGGAGGGGUCAAGUGAUACUUAGAUAUUGGCACACAAGGAACAACUGUGGGCAGGCAGUAUUGAUUUUAUGAAGAGAAAGUGAAGUUUGAAAACUACUCAGACUUUCUAGUUACAAUCCAGUUUUUCAGAUUUGACAAUGCUUUUCCAAAGUGAAAAUAAGAUACACAAUAAUCAUUGCUCUGUGUGAAUACAAAUAGGAUUAUCCGUCUGCAUAGCCUUGUAAGAGUGCCAUUUUAUUUUUAGUGCUAAAUUCUUGUUAAAAAAUGUAGUUUUAUAUAGCUGAUAGACCAACCUAUAUCCAAACUUUUAUAAAAUAUUAUUAAUUCUUGUUUUUCUCACACAGGCAUACUCCAAAUGCUUCUUCCAGUUCACUUUUCAGCCAUCAGUUCAAGAGCCAAUGCCUUUUUAAAAUAAAGCUUUUGUGGUCUUGUUUUUAAUGGCUCAACUGUCUGAUGCAAUUGAGUGAAGGUUUGCACUGAGAAAUUAUCGUUUAGGCCUUACCCCCAUGAAGUAUUACUGUUAACAUAUGUUGAGACCGCUUCCCUUCACCAAUGUGAACAACUUUUUUUCCCCCAAACAGUGUUAAAAGCCACUUUGCAACACUUGACUUCAUAUUAAUGUACAUUCACUGUUGUUACAUACAUAUCUAAGUAAAUCAGAAUUUUGGGUGGAAGUGUUGAGAAGUGUGAGUUUUUUGUUGUUUUUGUUUUGUUUUACUUAAAACUUUAAUUUAUCCAGAAUGGCAGUAGCUUUAGCAAGCAGAUGGUCACAAUCUGUUUUCUAAAUCAUUUUUUAUUAAAUGAAUCCAAAGUAUCCUAGCUCUUUGUCAAAGAUGGUAUAUAGAAAUGUUUUUAAAGAUUAGUGAUGCUGUGCUUUUUGAAUUGUUGCAGUGUUGGAGAUGCCAUUUUCACCUUUUUAAAAAGAUGCAUUUUAUUUGCAGAUUGUGAAGUUCUUGCAAACUCUUACUACAGAAACGUUUUAAGUAAAUUCUCAGGCAUGUUGGCAAAUAUGGCACAUGUAUACAUUUUAGGAAAUGUUGCUUUUCUUAAUCUUUUAAAAAUAUACCUAAUGAGACAUUCCACUAUUAUAAUGCGUAAUGCUCAGCUUUUUGUAAGGAAGUAUUUAAUUGUAUUUUGUGUUAAUACAGGCAUUUCACACAAUAAUUUGUUCUUAAUGCAGCCACUAUAACUUGAUAAGUCAUUGCACUAUUUAAAAAUUUUUAGUAAUAUCAUGAAUUUAAUUUGCUUAAGAUUUAGUACAUUUCAGAACUUGAACUUUUGACAAACUGCAUUGGGAAAAGAAGUCUGUUAAUAGUGAUUUAGUCUCCCCACCUCAUUCCCACCCCCAACAAAGCACUAUCAUUUUCAUUUGGAAUGGGUAUUUUCUGUUUCAUGAUGUAUUUUUAAAUAGAGUUCAGGAUCGGCAAUUCAGUUCAACACAAGUUUGUUGAGCUUUAAAAUGUAUUUGAAUAUUUAAAUAGGCAUUUAAAAUUUCAAAUUAGAUGUUAAAUUUAUGCAUAGUAAUUUUGCACUGUAAAAUAAUUCCCUUCUCCCAUCCCGUCUGCCAUUCUGAAUAUGCUUAUUAAAGUAUUUUUUUAAACAUACUUGCCUACAUAAUAUUGUGUGAAUAUUUUCAUUAGAUUAAUUCACUAAGUUUUUAUUAAGAGAUUGUUUGAAUGAUGCAUGUUAUUGACAAUGCAAAUAUAUAUAUAUAGUCUGUUUCUUUUAUUCCUGGACAUAUUGCACUACUUUUUCAGUGGUUCUUGGUCCCCUUUACCUCAUCUUGGGUGAUGUAUUUUUGUCUUCUUUCCCUUUGCCACAAGAGAUCCUUUCAGUCCCUAGACCUCCAUUCACUGUUUCUCUUCUGCUGGAUUAUAUAAUUUAAAAAUAAUUUGUUCCCUUAUUUUGUAGUGGAGUUCGUAUCACAUUAUGUUUUGCAAAAUAAAACUUGUUUUGUCACAAUAUUUGCUUUGCUAUCAAUGGACAAUUAGGAGUGGGCACUUGGAAUAACGGAGGGCUGGUGAAUUUCCAUAGGCAAUAUUUACACGUGUGAUGAUGACCCUAGGGGUGUGUAACUAAACACCAAAUCAGAGAUACAAGGUUUUCCCAACUAUAAUCCAUAUUCAUGAAAAAUGCCAGUAUGGAAAACCAUGUAACAGAGAAGAGGACGAAUUUCCAAAUUUUAACCUUUUAUUCUAAAAAUGACUUUCUCUCAAAAUGACUUUUUCUGUAUCACAUAAUUCUACUGAUAAAACUUUCUACCAUAAAAAUUAACUCCUUUAAUAUCGAGUUCAUCCUUUGCAAAAUCUUAAAGGGUUUUCCACCCAUCCAUCCAUCCACUUAUAGACUGUUUUCAUGUAUCUGCAUAUCUGAUUAACCUCUUUCUUUUCUAAUAGCAGUUUUCCAUAAACUCGUUAUGUACCCUUAGUAUUGUGCUGAUCUUUUGACAACUAUACGGACGUGUUUUUCCUUUUCUGAAUAUGAUUAUUUUUAAUUUCAGUUUGUCUUUAUACUAGUUUGUAUAAAGAAUUAUAGAAUGUAUAAUGUACUUAAAAUGUCAUUUUGCUUGCUCUUGAGUAGUAAGUAAUUUGAACACACUUAAAGGCUAUUCUGUGAAGAGUAACGUAAACUGGAGAUGGAUUCUAAUUGUCCAAAUUGAUGGUGAUGGUUUCACAAUUAAAUGUCAGUGAUGACAAGCUUUCA